AUGCGCUUUUCUUCUCUCUUCAGCGCGGCCGCGCUCUUCUUCCACUCUGCUCUAGCCGACGUCCCGCUCAUCACAAACGCAACCGAAUACAUAGAUCUGGCCAACUCGCAAGGCGGAUUUCCCAGCCAAACAUUUCGCUCUUCAGCCAUUGUUGCCCCCAUCUUCUUCGUAAACAAGUGGGAAAAAGAUCAAGUCGACAAUGCAUCAUAUAUCUUUCUGGGUACAGUUUACGGAGAAUGGAAAGCAGGGCCCAUGAUAUUCGACGCUCGCGAUAUGAGUCUCAUAUACGCAGAUCAAAGAUAUGAAAAUACUUAUACAUCAAACGUACAUACCAUCAACGGCUCACGCUAUCUUGCCUUCUGGGAGGGCGGUCAUACGCGCGGCCACGCCAAUGGAAACUGCCUCUUCUUCGACCAAGACUACAACCUCAAAUACACCGUCACGGCGCAAGGGCUCGGCGAUGCGGAGGCCGAUAUGCACGAGCUUAGUGUUACGAAAGACGACAGCGUUAUUUUUUCAACAUAUUUUAAUAUUCCUUAUGAUUGCACCUCUGUGGGAGGACCCGACAACGCCCUUCUCAUGGACAGCGGCUUCCAGGAGGUCGAUGCAGCAACCAAUCAGUUAGUCUUCGACUGGCAUGCCUCCAGAUUCUUUGAUAUAAGCGACUCGUUCGCCUUAUACAACGAAGAUUAUGGUGUCAGCCCGGACUCUGGCUUUGACUUUUUCCACAUAAACUCUGUACAGAAGACUGAUGACGGCAACUACCUCGUCUCUAGUCGCCACCUCUCCCUCCUCACUCUUAUAGACGGCAAAGACGGCCACCCAAUCUGGAUACUCGGCGGCAGGAAGAACCAAUUCACUGACCUCUCCAACGGCGAAGCCACCAACAUCGGCUGGCAGCACGAUGCCCGCAUCCUUCCCUCCGACAACCCGAGCGAGACUCACAUCACCCUCUUCGACAACCACGGCGAAUACAGCGGCGUCUGCCAGGAAAAAUGCCAAAGCCGCGCUCUCCACAUCGCUGUUGACCCCGUCGCCCUCACCGCCCGAGUAGUCAGUCAGUUCUUCCACCCAGAAAAUAUCGACUCCGGCGCUAUGGGAGGAUACCAAACGCUCGGCAGCGGGAAUGUCAUGACAGGAUGGGGACAUAAUCCCGGCUUUGUAGAGUAUAAGAGUGACGGAACGCCCGUGAUGGACUUCCAGAGAGGAAUCAUUGGCGGCGAGGUGUUGGCAGACAUGUUCGCCUACAGAGUGAACAAGGGAGACUGGACCGGAAGGCCACCGUGGCCACCGACUGUGGCUGCUGAUGCACCUAAUGCCAGCACGAUAGAUGCCACCGUUUACGUUUCAUGGAACGGUGCAACAGAUGUAUCCUCAUGGGCCAUAUUUGCCUCCGACGAUCACAAGACCAUAAGCAACUAUACAAAUCUCAUUGCCGAAUCUCCUCGGCAGGGAUUUGAGACCGUUAUCCCUCUCACAACAAAAGAUAUCGCUCGUCGGUACCUCGCCGCAGCAGCGGUAUCUUCCUCCGGCAAUGUCCUUGGCUCAACGGUCGUCAUCGACCUUGCAAACGAUGGCCAGCCUGCUAUAGUCACAAGCGAUAUAGUUAGCUUGAAGCCGCCAUCCCCCCCUCCUCCUCCGCCACCCGCAUCACCGCCGCCGCAAUCAUCUCCAGUACCACCGACGCCUCCAUCGCCGCCUUCACCGCCAUCACCGUCAGCCUCAAUCUCUUCCGAAGAACAAAGUCUCAGCACUGGCACGUUAGGAGUGAUGGGUGGCUCAGUAUUUAGCGUUGUGGGCGUUUUUUAUGCAGGAGCAUUCUAUUGGCGAAAGAGAGCAAGAUCAAAGCGUGGCCAUGGAGAAGAAGGAUACAGAAUGGUUGAUAGGGAAGACUAA